GGGACAGGUACAAACAUUAUCCAAACUGAGACAUAAUCAAACUGACGAGCGCUCUCUGCCUCUCUCUCUCCAUCACCCACACACUUAGGGACGGAGAUGGAUUGCGCAUAGCGAGACGCCGCAAGGGAGCGAGUGCGCAAAAGUGGGGAUUACAGUUUGGAAGACAGACAGUGAGUAGGUAGCGGAGGGCAACAAAGGACAAAAGAAAAAAAUAGAAAAGGAAAAGAAAAAGAAAAAAACACCUCCCCUAAAAAAGAAUAGUGAAUAAGCAGCGGACCUGGCUGAGAAGAGAGAACUAAUUUCAUGGACAAUUUUGUAGAAGGCGGAUGUGAAAAAGGAAUUCAUAUAAAGCAACUAACGCACCGCAGCUGCACUUCAGUACCUGCCUUCCGAUACGAAGUAGGACUUUGGCAUUUAACAGAGGAAAUAUAGUUAUCAAACCGAAUUGCAGUUUGCUGAAAAAAGAAAAGUAGCCUACUUUUGGCACACGAAAGUGGUGUCCUCAGGAGUUGUUGUCCCUGCUGCUGGUUUCCAUGCUGACCCCCAAUCUUUGCUUUACGCUGUCAGAGGUUGCCUUCCCUCCCACCCCCGAGUUUGCUUCAGCAGAGCAAGAGCCCCAUGGUCACAGGCGCCAUGGGAACAGUACGAGUCACCAGAUAUAGCAUUGUGUCCACGGACGAGGAAGGCCUCAAAAUCUCCACCCUUGGGCUCCACAACGGCCAAAGCUCCCAGACUCGCCACCAGCACUCCCUGGGCAGGGCAGGAGGAGAAGGAGGUGGAGGCGUUGGGGGUAGAGGCGAAGGUGGAGGGGAGGCGUCCAUCCCGCUGCGAGGGAUGGAGAGCACCUACAAUGGCAAGAUCUCAACCACGGGGCCCAGCCAACCAAGGAACCGCUUUGUCAAGAAGAAUGGGCAGUGCAACGUGGUCUUCACCAACAUGGAGGACAAGCCUCGGCGCUACCUGGCUGACAUCUUCACCACAUGCGUGGACAUCCGCUGGAGGUACCUGAUGCUUAUCUUCUCCUCCACAUUCCUGGUGUCCUGGUUUUUCUUUGGGGUGGUGUUCUGGUGGGUGUCCAAGGCCCAUGGAGACUUUGACUUACACCCGGGUCAGGGUCCCAUUCUGGGGGAGGGCGGCGUAGGUGGACCUGGAGGGGUCUCGAGUGAAACAGGCGGAAAGCAGUGGAGGCCAUGUCUCCUUCAUGUGCAGGGUUUUGUGGGAGCCUUCCUGUUCUCCAUUGAGACCCAGACCACCAUAGGUUACGGUUGGAGGUGCGUGACAGAGGAGUGUCCAGUUGCCGUAGUGACAGUGGUGGUUCAGUCCAUCGUGGGCUGCAUCAUUGAAUCUUUUAUGAUUGGCACCAUCAUGGCCAAGAUGGCGCGACCCAAGAAGAGGGCCCAGACCCUGCUGUUUUCCACCAACGCGGUCAUCGCCCUGCGGGAUGGCAAGCUGUGCCUCAUGUGGCGAGUGGGAAACCUACGGAAGAGCCACAUCGUGGAGGCCCACGUCCGUGCCCAGUUCAUCAAGCCCUACGUCACGGCGGAGGGAGAGUACAUCCCCCUGGAACAGACUGACAUGAAUGUGGGCUACGACCAGGGCAUAGACAGACUCUUCCUCGUUUCCCCGCUCAUCAUUGUCCACGAAAUUGACGAGGAGAGCCCACUCUACAGCAUGAGUCGGGAUGACCUGGAGAGCAACGACUUUGAGAUUGUGGUGAUCCUGGAAGGGAUGGUGGAGGCGACCGCCAUGACCACCCAGGCCCGCAGCUCCUACCUUGCCCGGGAGAUCCUCUGGGGUCGCAGGUUUGAGCCUGUGGUCUACGAGGACCGUGACCGCUACCAGGUGGAUUACUCCCGAUUCCACCUGACCUAUGAGGUUCCGUCCAUGCCACACUGCAGCGCCAAGGAGCUCAGCGAAAUGGCCAGCCGGUCCCCCUUUGCCUCCUCCCACUCCUCAUCUCCUGGCAGCCCCAAAACCUCCCAACUCCUCUUACCCCCUCUCUCUCCAAGCGCCUUCUGCUAUGAGAAUGAGGUGGCCUUGUGCAGCAGGGAAGAUGAGGUUGGGGAAAGGGAUGGCAGGGAAGGGGGGAAGAGGACAAUUGUUGCAGUCGAUUUCCAGGAGAGGUUUAAGGACGAGGCCAACGACAUGCUGUGUGUCUUUGACGUGGACAGCCAGAGGGAGCUCGACAAGCUGCAGACCGCCAUACCUCUUGACCCACUGAACUACAGGGCGGAGUCUGAGAUCUGAGGCUCAACUCGUCCCCUCAAACCCCAUCCCCUUGUCCACAGAGACCCAUCUGAAGGUCUCACUCAAGAAAUGGGCAUUCCUGCUCUUAAUUUGCACUUUAUGCAUGUCUGUGUCCCAAAGCUUUCACCAGUAUUUUCCCCACACUACCCUCUUUCCAGGGAACAGAUGUAAAUCAUCUCUCCUACCCCGUAGUCUCAGCCUGUCUGACCCUACUUCUGUCCUACUGAUUGGCUCCUGCAGCUCAGCUGUUUCUCUCUGCAGCAGAGAGGUGGGCGUGGACACUCUAACACACUCAUCAGGUUUGGUCAUCAUUCAGGUCGUGCCAGUUGCUGUAUUGUGGCUGUAAAUAGGUCAUUGCUGACCAUCAGACCCCAGGGAGAGAAGCACUAUAGAGGCACUAAAUCCUUCCCUACUGACCAAACUGCAGCAUGGUGAAAGAACUCCAAGUUCAGUGAGAUUUGCAACUGGGAUUCUGAGCACAAAUAUGUAGUCAGUAACCAUGUGGGUUCCUUCCUUUCCUCCUGUAUCGCUGUAUCAGUGAUAUUAUGGGAUGUACACAGGGAGCAAUACUCAGUUUUGGCAUUUUUCACUCACCCCAAACAGACAUACGCACAAAGGCUUCUAUUAGUUGGAGAUUUUAAUCACAAACCAGGCCCAGGGUAGGGGUGGGGCAGAGAUUACAAUCGCUGCCCAAAAGUUGCCCAGCGGCCCAAAACUGGACCCGUCCAUCUGGCAGAAUCACUAGACGGCCAGUCCGACUGCGGAUGUACUGGUGUGGAGGGCGGGAGGGUCCAUGUUCAUGGCCCUUCUGAAGACAGAGGAAAGACACCCAUAACUGCAGUAUCACUGCAUUAGGAUAAGUGGGAGAUGGCCAGGCAGCGAGGCACCCAAAACCACCCCACAGAUUUCAUGGAGACACGACAGAUACAGAUGUACUGUAGUAUUGUCAGCCAAUCUGAAAAAAUCGGACUAUUCUUCAUGUAAAUCAGGACAUGGAUUUAAGACAGACCUUUUUAAGACAUGUUUACAUGUGCAUAUAAACAUACACACAAACACAAAAGGAAAUACAAUCUUUACAACAUUUUCCUUUCAUGAAGGGAAUAAAAGAACUACAAACAUUCUGCAGACAACCUUCAGCUUCAAAUCUUUAACAGAUAAGAGUUAAAAUGGGAUAAAUUUCAGUUUGUUUGAUAAUUAAAAGCAAACAAAAAAUGGCAGCAACAUUUACUUAAGCUAGUAGAUUCUGAAAAUAAUUACAUAGAAAAGGUAUUUUUGACACUACAUGCCAAGAUCAGUUGUCCCAGAAUUCCACCAAUUCCAAAACAUUGUUAGGUAUGUCUAAGGAUUGCCAUUUUUAUUUUUUGUGUCACUUCAUCACAGUCCACCUUCCUGAAAGUGCAGUCCACCUACCUGACAGACAAAGGGAUCCCAGCACCGUUUAGAGACUAAACACAACAACCUAUUUUAGAGCAGGUCAAAUGGACAUUUUGUUCAAAGCUUUUCUGCCUAUUCAAAGCAGUGGCAGUACAAUUUCAGUUUUUGGUUCAAUUUUGAAAAUACAGCACCCAGAACUGGGUGGUGGCUAGAGGAUACCUUCAUACCUCCAUAAUGGUUAUUCUCACUUGCUCAUUGACUCCUGUCUGCUUUCCUCCCAGAUGCAAAAGCUGGCCUUCUGAGGAUGAUCUAUGAAUAGAAAGGUACCUUGUGCAUCUGUGUGACUUUUUUACCAAGCUGCAUUACCAAAUUAAACUAAUUGCAACUGUAUGUCUUUCCUAAUGUAUGCAUAGUUUACACUGAGUUAAAUAUAAUGAAACCCACAGUCAAAACAAUAACAAACCACUGCACAGUAAAAAUAAUUUCCAUAAAAACAUGGUGAGCGGAAUCUAAGCCCAUGGAAUGUAGUUUGCGCUCAGCUAAAUUUAAUAGGGAUGUGUAAUAUAGGAAUUAAUAGGACUGCAUUAAAGUACUGUAUGCCUAUCAGGUUUAUUUGUUUGUUUGGUACCAAACUGUAAGUGUCAAAACUGGUCUCUAGGAGUCUCUAGAGGUUUUUGAUUUCUGAAAAAAAUGUAUAUUAGUUUUUAAAAAUGCAAAAUAAUAUACAGUAUAUUUUUGAAGCACUUCUGCUGUUGUUCGUCUUGUCUGAAGUCCAGGUUCCUUUUUGUUCUUUGUGAAACAAACUUCUCUCCAUUUUUAUUAAUCCUCCAAUGUGAAUUUAUUUUUGUCUUUUAUACCCCACCUGUGUGUGUAAAUAAGAUAAGUAUUUGAGCAAUAUAUGUUGUCAUUAACUUCUCAAAAUGACAUUAAAUGUUUACAAAAUUAUAUAAUUUAUGCAUUAAGUGCGGAAGUGAUUUGAACAGAAUUCAACCAAUAAUAUAGUUUAAGGAAAAAAAUGCAUGUUGAAUCAGGAGCAGAUUUCUGCUAUUUCUUUUUGUUUUCUGUUGAACUUUACUGGUCAUAUAAAGUUUUUUCGAAAAUAUUGAUAGUUUACAAAAAUAAAAUAAUAAUAAAAAAGAAAUGAUUUAUAUGAUGAGAGUUAUGAAGAAGAACAUGAAAUUUUAUUCAUGUGGAAGUAUUAAACAACCCCACAACAGAGCAAGAGGCUAAUAUGGGUGUUUCGUGUGGCUGGUAAAAUCAGGUUUUAAUUUUCUUUUUGCAUUUCCUGUCAUGCUUUUCUUACCUACUGCUAUGCUUUCCUGUUGAACAUACUAUGAAUAAUAUUAAUAUUAAUGCACUGUAUAAAUGAAUCCCUCUUUGGAAGAACUACACAAAGUCAGAUGUUUUAUUGAACUGGGUAUACAAAACCCAAAUGGACAAACUUGAAGAAAGAAUUAAAUGAAUAAGCACUUUAUCCUUGUCUAUCAUUGUCUUUCUGUCGUAAAGUAUUAAAUAAAAUAAUUAUAUUGUAAA